UCCACUGUGGAUCUGGGGAGGGCUGGACAGCUUCCUCUUCAGGGUCCCUCUCCAGUCCAUCUUCUGUGGCUCCUUGGGGUUCUGGGUUAACUGCGACAGGUGCAGUCAGGGUAAACACUGUAGCCUCUGGAAAUGGCCUUGCUGACAGUGGAUAUUACUGAGUCCUGGAGCACAUUGCAGAUCCUCACGCAGGAUAGUCCAUCUUUAGAGCAGUGAAGUUCACAAAGGCUUCAGCCUCGGGCUGGGCCCUUAUGUUCCUAGAUGCACACUCUGAGAUACUGUCUGAAGAGUUGUUGGCAGUCAUCGCUUGGCAAGUGGCUCUGACUCCUGGUGAGGGGAUUUCAACCCAGUCUCCAGCCUCUUCGGCACUCAUGUGUGGACAUCUUGACAAGGCGUCAGCGGCAAUGUUCACUCGCUCUAUCUUGUACUACAACUUGAACUCGUAGUUGGCGAGAGUGGCCAUCCCCCUCUGGCCUGUAGCAUCCAGCUUGACACUGGCUUGCACAUAGGUGAGGUGGUUAUUGUCCUUGUGCAUCAGGAAAUUAGCUCUGUACAGAUAAUCAUGAAACUUGUCUGACACUGCCCCUUUUAGCCCCAGGAACUCAAGCUUGUGAGCUGGAUCUUCUCUUUCCUGGACAAGGUCCAGCUUGCAUAAGCCACUGGUCUCCAUCCCUCAGGGUACUCCUGGUACAGCACUCCACCCAGGCCACUCAGACUGGUGUCAAUGUGGAGGACGUAGAGCUUCUCAGGGUCAGCGACGGCAAAUACAGGUGACUCUAGAGGGAGGACUGGUGGGCUUGCCAUUUUCUCUUGGGGGUGUGACCUCUGGUAAUCUCAUGGAGGGAUCUUACGACAGAAGUGUAUCCUUUUAAUUUGCCUCUGGUAGUAUCCACAGAACCCAAGAAACGACUGGAGGGCCUUGAGGUUUUCUGGUCUGGGCCAUGAGGGGAGGGCUUCGAUACCUUGAUUGGAGACUGUGGCUCAGGUAUUUCACUGAGGUCUGGCAGAACUGGCACUUGUCGAUGGAAAGCCUCAGGCCUCCAGACAGUCCAGGACCUUCAUCAGCCUAUCCUCAUGCCCCUUCAAGGUUUUCCCAAACACAAUGUGGUCAUCCAGGUAGACCAGCCCUGCAAGGAGACCAGCCCUCAUGUUGCUGACAUCCUUCUACAUUAAGCAUUUAAAUGUAGCUGGUCUGGAACGGUUGGUCCCAGUGAGCAUGGAGGGUCUCCCUGAUGUUGCCGUCAUGGGGUAGUUGCUCUUACUUAGGCCCCACAAGGUUAUCCCUUCUAAAGGCUGGAGAUGGAUGUGUUGUCUUUGUAGAACUGCCGGUGGGAUGCUUGCCACUGUCUAGGAUGGCAUGACAGGGUUUUCCCAUUCACUUUCACAGGAGACACUGUAGGCUCCUUUACUGUCCCCCUCUGCUGUUUCCUGAUGGUCCUUGAGCAUGGAUGAAGCGUCUGAAUUCCUCUACAUUCUUUCCUUUAUGACAAUUCCUGGAAGAGUGGCCAUCUUCACCACAGUUAUAGCAGAAUAAGUUUUCAUUCCUCUUUGGCCCUGGACGUGUUGCUUGUAUGAGUUAGAUGGAUCAUCAUUGCAGCUAUGGCGUACUUCAGUUCUUCUAUCUGUUUGCAGAGAGCUUUGAUUUUGGCCCUAGCAUCUGAUGAUGGCUUCAAUGAUCUGUUCUGGUCUUGAGGCUAUGGCUUGGGUUGUAGCAAGGUUAUUCAGCUCGCUAUCUGAGAUCUCUCAUCAUCAAGGUCUAUAGGUGGCUGUUACAUCACUAUGGAGUGCUGACAUAGGAGAGAAGGUGGUGGUGGUGGGAAUUUGCUGAGGAGAGCGAGGAGUUACAUUUCCUAGGUAGAUCAACUGCCACUUGAUGCCCUUUAACUCAUCUUCAACCAGACAAUGCAGUGAGAUCCAGAAAAGAAUGGGAGAAACUCUCCAAAUACAGGUGUGCCAAGCUUGUAGCAUCAUACCCAAGAAGACUCGAUGCUGUAAUCACUGCCAAAGGCAUCAUUAUAAAGAACUGACGACAGCGGAACAGAACAAUGACUAUGUGGACACUGCAAAGAAGAGGAGGAUUGAGGCGACAAAGCACGCUUUCGAGGAUCCAUCCUCGUAUCACACAAGGAGAGACAUCGGCCCUCAGCUGAAACUCCUGUGCGGCGCGGAUGUCCUGGAGUCCUUCGGCGUUCCCAACCUGUGGACGCACGAGGACAUUGCCGAGAUCGUGGGCCGCUAUGGCCUGGUGUGCAUCACCCGCAACGGCUGUGAUGCCCACAAGUUCAUCCACCAAUCAGAGGUGCUGUGGAAGCACCGCAAGAACAUCCACGUGGUCCGUGAGUGGGUAACCAACGAGAUCUCGGCCACGCACGUGCGUCGGGCCCUGUGCCGGGGCCAGACCGUCCGCUACUUACUGCCGGACCCGGUGGUGAGCUACAUCCGGGAGCACGGCCUGUACAGUGCCGAGAGUGAGCAGAAGAACGCUGACGUCGUCCUUGCCCCGCUUCAGAGACACACCGGCCCCUCCUCCAGCUGAGGUGGCCAGCCAUAUUGCCUGCUGCCAACUUGAAUGCCUUGAGACCAUUGAAUGUCGGUGGGAGGAGCUAUAGGAUUACUGGCUCAUUGAAAUGGAAUAGAUGGAAGGGCAUUAAACAUGGUUUCCAUAUGUUUGAUACCUUUAGAAUUUAUUUUCUAGCCAUUACAAUUAGCCUGUCUUCCUACAGCUCCUCCCACUGGCCUCCUCUACUUGAGACUGUGUAGUAGAGGCAUUUUAUCUUUUACUGGUUUGAUAAGAUUUGUGAAUGAAUGCACAGAUGUUUUUGUAUAUUUUUGUAACAGUUGAAGUAGACUGCUCACCAGUGCUAGAAUGAGUUUGCACCAGAAUAGCCUCUUGUGUGGCAUCUCCUCAGAGAAUGGGUGAAUCUGCUAAAGUUUAAAUUAAUAACUGUGUUUUGUAGAAAAGUAUAAACACCCAAGUAGUGGCAAUCCCAAGCGCCAGAAAAGUAUAAGCACCCAAGUAGUGGCAAUCCCAAGCGCCAGAAUGUAAACCCUUGAUCUGUCACGAACAGUGAAUCUGGUCCUUGGAGCACUUUAUCUAUAUAAUAGCACAGAUCGACACCCAUGAUUAUUUGUGUACAAAUGAGAAUUCCUUGAUUUUUUUUUUAAAAUGCUGGGGCUUUAGUGUGUGUGUGUGUUUGACUAAUUCCCUCAGGCAAAGGCAGUUGGUAUAUAUGGAAGCCGUUUACUAGAGCGACAUACAAACGGCAUGGUGUGUAUUGAGAGAAAUAAAACGUUGUCUUUGUUUUGCAGCUUGUGAACACUUCUGUCAUUGCUGUCUCCAAUAAAAAAUCUGUACAUCUUUAUGAGGAAAUCCCAA